CAGUCCAUCAUGUAGCUGAGAAAAAGAAAGUCCCCAAACCGUUCAACCUUUUUUGAAUCCAAAGUGAAUGCAAGUAAAAGCCAAAUCUUCCUUGGAAAUUAAUAAUUGGUGUUUUGUGGGUCAUCAUCUGCAAGUUCAAGCCUUUAUCUCCACCUUUUAAUUUUUCUUCAUAUAAUUGGAAUUGUCUUGUUCUGAUGAUUUCUAGCCUUUAUCAUUUUUCGAGUCCCCAGAAGUGCCACGAACAGUGAAAAAUAUGAAGUGAGAAAAAAAAGACCAGAACAACAGCACAUGGAUAUGAUUGGUGAUGUGCCCUCAUGCUUGCUGGUAGGCAAAGCUCUUGCUUUUUAGCUCUCUGGUUGCUGUCAAACACUACCAACUCUUUCAGAACUCAUGGGUGAAUCAAUGAUGCAUUUUGCCUAUGAUGCUGAAAAGGUGGUUGAGGGGGAGACGGUAGCUUCAAAUUCUUCAAAUCCUGUACUGGAAGUGUCGGUGUCUUUCGGAAAAUUUGAGAAUGAUUCUUCACUGUCUUGGGAGAAAUGGUCGACGUUUUCGCCGAAUAAGUACUUGGAGGAAGUGGAGAAGUGUGCCACUCCUGGCUCAGUGGCCCAGAAAAGGGCUUACUUUGAAGCUCAUUACAAGAGGGUUGCUGCUCGAAAAGCCGAGGAGAUGAUGGAACAGGAGAAGCAAUUGCAAGAUGGUGAUACCUUUAGGUCGGAUUCUGACCAGACGAGUGGAGAUCAGAUGGAUUCUGAGGUGCAUUUCGAAAUUGAUUUGGCCAACAAUCAAAUUAAUGCCCAAGGAAAUGAUCAAGAAGCGAAUUUCGACAAUGAGAUUAUUAAAACUUACGUGGAUGAUCUCGAGGAGGAUGAUGUUUUCACCAUAGAGUUUCCAAGCUCAUUGGCUGAGGGAGAGAGAGAAGAAGCUGAUUGCAGAACGGAUAGUCCUGAUUUGAACAAUCCGGAGGAUGAACUUGCUGUGGUGAAAGAAGUAGAAAAUGUCCCUGCUGAAUCUCAGGGAGUACAGGAGAUUCCAAGGACUUUGGACAAUGAUGUAGGAAGUGCUCCAGAAGUUAAAGAGGUGCAAGAGGAAAAACCGAGAUUGGAUCUUCUGAAGGGAUCUCCGAAGGUUACUCCAUUGAGCAAGGAGAGAAAUGUGGCAAACGUUAAGAAGAAACCAGUUCCACUAAUAGCCAAAACACCACAGAAAUUUGCCCCUAGGGCAUCGAAGUCUGUAUCAACUCCAACCCCUAAAGCAUCGAAGCCCAUAUCAACUCCGACCCCUAAAGCAUCGAAGCCCGUAUCAACUCCGACCCCUAAAGCAUCGAAGCCCGUAUCAACUCCGACCCCUAAAGCAUCGAAGCCUAUAUCAACUUCCACCCCUAGAGUAUCGAAGUCUAUAUCAACUUCCACACCUAGAGUGUCAAAGUCUCUGUUAACCUCUACUGCAACUCCUGCAUCGCGGUCCUCAGUAAAGAAGAGCAAUGCUUCCUCUUUUCCUAGGAGCAAAAAUCCUUCAACUGAGGAAACCAAGGAAGUUCCUCCCAAGCGUUUGCACUUGUCACUCAAUGUGGAAUCCAGUCCCACAAUGUCUGGUUCAGCGUUUGUGACCACCACAACCAAAAAGUCUUCCAUUAUGGAGAAUAUGGGAGAUAAGGACAUCGUCAAACGAGCAUUUAAGACAUUUCAAAACACUUACAACCAACCGCAACCCUCCAGUGAAGAGAAACCGCCAACACCAAAGCAGCUCUCUACGAAGGGAAAAGAAUCAAGGGUUUCCACUUCUGCGCCCCUGACAAAAGAGAAUGGAGGAUAUCUAGAUAAAAGAACUGCUAAGGCCGCUCCAUCAUCUGUUAGCUUGAGAAGUGAUGACUGCGUAGAUAAAAGAGAGUUUUCACAGAAACUGGCGGCGAAAUCCAAUGCGAAAGUGACGGAGAAAGCACACUCCCAACCGAAGUCAAAGGAUCAAAAGGAGGCAGAGAUAAAAAAGCUCAGACAUAGUCUUAAUUUUAAGGCUACACCCACGCCAUGCGUCUAUCGGGGGCAAAAAGUAUCAAAAAGUACUUCCGAAAAGGAGACUUCCAACAAUGAAACCCAUCGGUGAAAAAAUCGUUCAGGCGGCUGCAAGGUCACUCGUCAUCUUCCAAGAAACCAUGUCUACUUCAGUGGAUAGACGAGAAGGAAAGUAUACGUGAUGGAAUUCCCUCUCAUGGAAGAUCCAUGCUUAAGUAUUAUCGCUUAGAUGAUGACAACGUGACCAUGGUGAGUCGCAACCUGUAUGUCUUGAUGGCUAGAACAGAUCUACGGCCUAGUAAUAAUAUGCAGAUGAUAAGAAACAGGUCGGGGCUAUGCUUUUCAUUCCCUGCUCGUCCCAAAUAGUAUUCGGAAUUAGAAAUGCUACGUACACAUUGUUGUAUUUGAAGGUAUAAAUGUUGGAACUGUUAUAAUUACAUGGAAAUCCAAAGUUGGUUGCGUAAAUCUA